GGACUCUGAAUCCAGCGAUCCGAGUUCAAAUCUCGGUGGAACCUGACCUUUCUUUUCGGCUUAACCUAUCAAAACGAUGCCGCUGUAAUAACAUUAAACUUUUCUUUUCUCGUUUACUGAGCAGAACCGUCACGCUACGAAACAGUGGAACCCUAGACGUGAAGUUGCAUCGUUACGACAACGUCAUUCCAACAUGGCGGCGUGCAUAGGUCGACAUUCGUAUUUACUUUGCUGCGCCGGAGGACUAAAUGUGCGUUUACCUCACAGCAAACUGAGGGAAGCAGCAGCGAUACUUCAUUAUAACAUCUGCACUUCCAGGGGCUGUUAUGGCUCUCGAGAGAGAAACGAAACGCAGGACACUGGGAUUCAAGUUCCAGUUGACCGACUGACGGUCUCCUACAGCAGAAGCAGUGGACCUGGGGGUCAGCACGUCAAUAAAGUCAGCACCAAAGCAGAGGUCCGAUUCCAUGUGCACACGGCAGACUGGAUCCCUCACGACGUUCGACAAAAGAUUCUAGAAAAGAACAAGAACCGGAUCAACAAGGCAGGGGAGCUGCUGGUGACGUCAGAGACGAGCAGGAGUCAGCAGAGAAACCUCUCUGAUUGUAUCCAGAAGAUCUCUUCCAUCAUAGCAGAGGCCAGCGAGAAGCCUCGUGAAGCUACAGCGGAAGAGUCGGCUGUAAGAGCAGCCAGGUUAGAGAAGAGGAACAAAGAGAGACUCAAGGAGAAGAGAAUCCAUUCAGCCACCAAGCACAGCAGACAUGUAGAGUUUGACUGACGGAGGGUAAAGUCGUCGAGUCAAACCUUCGUCUUGUUCAAAAUCAACUUCUGUAUAAAUAUAAAUAAACGUAACAAGAACA